GUCAUCGUCAUGUGAUCUUAUACAUGAAAGUUUAUUUACUUGGGUUAAUAACUGUGACAAAAUGUCGGUUGACCUAUAAAAUGACUGUCGCGGAUUUUGUAAUUAUAAUCGGCGAUUUAAAGUUGGAAUGAAUGUAUAUGAGUCAGUUUGAUUAUAUAAAGAAAACUAUAAUUAUAUAGGUUCAUCAAAAGACACUGGAUAUAAAAAUGGAAUUGGAAUCAUUAAGUAGGAUAUUUAUUUUGGCAAUAACAGUGUUCAUUUCAAUCUCCUCAGCACAAUUUAAUGGACAUACUACAAACCUGCAUGCAAUUGCAGCUCCUUUACACACACUAACAAGUAUUACGAAUGAAACUUUGGUGUUUGAAAAAUUGUUGAAAGGUCAUUCAAGCAGUGAAAAAAGAUUUAAAUCUGUCAUAGACGUUUUGGGACAGAUUGAAAGUCAUUUGGCCUUGUCAGAUUAUUGUAAAGCUGACACAGACCUUUUGAGUAAUUACAGCAGUGGUACGUUCGUCAAAUACGCCGAUGCUGCGUCCAAAAUACCUUCCGGUAUUCUGCAAGGAAAGUGGAACUGGGUAGGAGAUUACCAGGGGUGUCACUCAAUUGAAUCGGUGACAAAUCCCAAAACAGGAAAUUCUUUCAAAGGAAAGUAUUCAUCCGCUGUUUUACUUCUAAACAACAAGCCUAUAUUUGGUACAAACACGGUUAUUUAUGGAGUUUGUCUGCCUGAUUCUUGCAGUGACAAUGAUGUGAAAUCACUUCUGAAUGAACUAAUAAUCAUAAUUAAAACUGAAGCAGCAAUGAUUUACCCUGAUAUUGCUAAAGAGAAUCUAUAUGUUUAUGAAGUGUUUUCUGAAAGACAGGAAAAACUCGAUUCAGGUGCGACUGCUGUGAUAGUAAUAAUUGGGUUGAUAGGUGCCAUAGUGUUGAUUUCGACCGUUGUGGACUAUGGGUUUUCAUCCAGCGAUAAAGCCGUUGAUAAGAAUAUACACCCAAGAUAUGACGUCGCUUUUGAAGAUUCAUCCGACCGCACAGAACUACUUUCGAAUGUCAGUAUACAAGAAAAUAGGUUCAGUGGAUUAAAGCGCAAGUUAUUAGAUAUAUGUCGUGUAUUUUCUAUUACAAGUAAUGGGAAGAAGCUGUUCGGUACUGAAACAGCCAUAGGUCCCCUGGCGUGCCUGAAUGGUAUCAGAGUUCUCAGUAUGUGGUGGGUGAUAUUGGGACAUACCUAUUUUUUUAGUGUAUUCACUAUUGAUAACGCGGUAGAGUUAUCAAAGGUAGUGCAGAGGUUUACUUUUCAGCCAAUCAUAAAUGGAACGUUUUCAGUUGAUAGUUUCUUUUUCCUCAGUGGCUUACUAGUGGCUUACUUAGCGUUUAAACAAAUAAGGGAGAAAGGAAAAUUUAACUGGCCGUAUUAUUUCUUGCAUAGGUAUUGGCGGUUGACACCACUUUAUGCUUUUGUUAUUCUCUAUAACACUUUCAUAUCUCCGCAUACAAUCUUUGGACCAAACAGCUACAUUGUUGGACAGCCUUCGUAUAAAGCUGGUGUCGAUGUUUGCAAAAAAUACUGGUGGACCAACCUUCUGUACAUAAAUAAUAUGUAUCCAAAUUAUGGAAACAUUCAAACGACAUGUUUAGGAUGGAGCUGGUACUUGGCGAAUGACAUGCAGUUUUUCAUGGUUCUUGGUCCAAUAGUUAUACUUACCCUUGGCCUCAAAGGGAAGCUUAAAUAUAUUGGGGUCGCUCUCACUGCUUCACUAAUACUGGCCGGGAUAAUAGUAAGGGGAAUUCUUGUUUGGUACUAUGGAAUAUAUUCGUUAAUUGGACCGUCAACCAAGCACCUUGACAAUCCUUGGGCAAAGAAUAAUCCAAUCUAUGACAAACCGUUUGCUCGGUGGUCAGUAUAUUUAGUUGGUAUGCUUACAGGUUACGUUCUGGCCUCUACCAACAAUCGGAUAAAACUGAAUAGAAUCAAAGCAGCGAUCGGAUGGUGCAUUGCUAUUGGGACAGGGCUGGCUGUAAUUUAUGGCAUGUAUUACUACAACCACAACCCCGGCACACAUAUGACCCUGGUUCAGAGUGCAUUUUACGUUGCCCUUAGCAGAACUGCUUGGGGAAUGUGCCUAUGUUGGGUUGUGAUUGCUUGUGUAUCAGGUAACGGAGGCCCUGUAAAUGAUAUUCUGUCCUGGAAAAUUUGGGCCCCGCUUGGUCGGCUGACUUACGCAGCAUAUCUUGUUCAUCCUAUAGUAAUGAUGACAUACAACUUCAAUGGGCUCCAGCCAUUACAUUUCUCAGAUCUUACAAUGGUUUAUCUGUUUAUUGCGAAUCUCGUCAUGUCUUACUUGGUUGCGUUUAUUGUGUCAAUGAUGGUUGAAGCCCCUAUGAUACAGUUAGAAAAGUUAUUACUGGCACCACUUGGUGCUUUUGGAACAAAGUUUGUGAUUGGUCCGUUAUCUUUUGUUUGUGGGAAAGUGAUGUCAAAGAUACAAAGGUCGUGAUUGGUUUUAUUUCCCACGGUUCAUCAUUUUUAAGUUUGUUUGCACCUUGAGCAUUCUUCUGUAUCUCGUGAAAGUUGCAGGUUGCAAUUUUUAAGCAGAUUACCUGUUUUUCAAUCACAUAUCAAGUGCUUUUCCCACGUUUUAUGUGUUUUUAUUAAAACAUGGUUUUAGACAGAUAAAAUGCCCGUAAUUCUGUUUAUAUUCCUGCUCUGAUUUUAUUAUUAUUUGAUCAUAAGGCGUAAAAAAAUGUUUGUUUCCGGUAUCCCGACCUACCCUAAAUUUUUGGCCAAACCCUAAAUGUUUUUAUGGCCUUGGAGAAUAUUUUUUCAAAUUUUUAACAAAAAGUUGCAAAAACUGCAUUUUUAUGCUUUAAACAUGGUCAUUGAUGUUAGAAAUCAACUUACUGAUGCUCUAAAGGCAUCACCCUCUUAUUUAUAUUCAUUUUUGACAAAAAAAUAAUUUCAGAAAAGUCUCAAUAAAAAAAUCAAAAAAAAAAAUUCCGACUUACCUACCCUAAUUUUUUUAGCAUGUUACCGGAAACAAAGACUUUUUUUAGACCUAAUCAAUAUUGAUCUGUUCCGAUAUUGUUUUAUUGUAUCAAUUUAUUUCGAAUCUCAAUGUAUUUUACUUGAUAGCAUUAACUGCUUCGGCUCCAUUUUUUUAGGACAGACUUUCAAAACUUUUGGCGUGUCACAUAUAAACGCCCCCAGAUUUGUCAGCUGCUUUUAUUUAUAAAAAAAAAAAACCCCAACUUUUUCAUUUGUUAGAAAUUUACAAGUAGAUCUGUGAAAGAUAAAGAUAUGUGCUGUCAGUUGACUAAAAUUUGAUUGAAAUAACAUAUAGAAGGAAUUUAGCUUAACUUUAUAUCAUAUCCAAACCAGCUGAAAGUAUACUGAAGUUUUAUUAUUAUAUACAAUGUAACUACGCAUGGAUUGUACGUUAAAGUGGAUAUCAGGUAUUUUAAAUGUUAUGCUUUACAAAGUUAUCCAUACCUUCACUGAAGGCGUGUAGAAUAUGAUGUAAUUUUAAGUUGAACAUAUUAUCUGGUAAUUCAAUACGGAGAUUUAUAGAAAUUGUGUCUUUUUGUGUUAAGUGGAAACGUCUUAUUUUGAAUUAUGACUACACACCUUAAAUGUAUUUUGAAACUUGAGUUUUUGUACAUAUUUUUAAUCAAAUAACAGCUAUGUAUACAGGACUUUUUGAUAUAACUGUGUUAUUGAUAAACAUGACAAGUUAGCAUUUUCGGUUUGUGUCUGUUUUAUCCUCAGUACAUUUUCGCUAGUUUUUAUGAACACUAACUAUUUUUGUAAUGUUUGUACUGUGUGAUCAAAAUCACUAUGUUUCUGCCAGAACGUUUGAUGUAGUUGGCCACUACACCGGCAUUUUCAUUUAUACUAAAGAAAAAUUGUCAUAAAGUUCCUUUCUUUCUUUUUUUGAAUUGUUUCUGUUAUUUUAUGACAUAGCGAAGAAAGCCAGUCUACUCUAGUGACUUUUUCAAAGAAAUAAUUUUAAUACAAUGUAUUAUGGUAUUGGACAUCAGAUAUUCACCGGCUACAGUUUCCAUUUCAAGUAGCAAAAGGGCUAGUCUGAUGUAAAGUACCAUUGGCGAGUAUUUUGCGUUUAUCCGUUUAUCAUCAACUGUAUAAACUUGUUCUUAAAAUCGUCUCAAUAUAUAGAUCACAAUUAUAAAACAUGCUUUAAAUGGUCACCAAUUAAUGCAUCAUAAUUGGUCUUAAGAGACUACCUGUUAACGAAGCUUUUUUAAAAUAUCAUUUAAAGCAGCAUGACAGUAUUAGGUAUUGCGUAUUAUUGUAGUCAGAUAAUAUAUGGCAUCGAAUAUAUAUACUCAUCGAUUUUGUAUUUGCUAUUUUGUAUUACAUGCGGCAGCAAAUUACAGUUACAGCCAAACUUGCACUAUAAUCUCAAAUCCGAAAACUGUCACUACAAUAAAGGUUGCCAUUUCCAUUUCCUAAGAUCUUUUCAGAAACUGGGAAAUUCCACCUGAUUUGAGAGGCCACCUGGUAACAAAGACAUUUUUUCAUUUACCAAGAAUGGUCUUUAAAUACAGGUUUGGCUGUAUAAUUUGUAUUGCUCCAUGACACUGUAUUCAUCAGUGACACUUGAUAUGAGUCGCUAGUACUAUUGUUGUUAUCAUACAUGUGACUGAGAAAUUAAUACAUGUUCUCCGAUAUCAAAGAAAGUAAAAGCUUGGACUUUGAAUUAGAUACAUUUUUAGGCAUAGCCUUAUAUAUGUCUUACUGUGUCAAAAAAUGAAAACACCCCGGUGUAUGUAAUAAAAUAUAAUGGGUGUAUGGCAGGAUUAACCUGUCUUCUAUGAUAGCCUGGACUCAGGCCCAUCUUGAUUUGCAGUGCAUCGUCGUAUGUUAGACUUUCAAGUAUACAAAUGAAAUAUUUCAGGUUUACAGAUAAAGAUACUACCAAAUAGAUUUGAGCCGCGCCAUGUGAAAACCAACAUAAUGGCUUUGCGACCAGCAUGGAUCCAGACCAGCCUGCGCAUCCGCGCAGUCUGGUCAGGAUCUGUGCUGUUCGCUUUCAAAGCCUAUCGCAAUUAGAGAAACCGUUAGCGAACAGCAUGGAUCCUGACCAGACUGAGCGGAUUCGCAGGCUGGUCUGGAUCCAUGCUGGUCGCAAAGCCAUUAUGUUGGUUUACUCAUGGUGCGGCUCAUUUGUAUUUUACCAUUACAUAAUAUUUAGACCAGGUAAAAAUAUGUGAUAAAUUUAAGUUCCAAUUCUGAUUUGAAAAAAAAGUAAAGAAGUGCUGACAAUUUAUAGAUGUUCAGUUAAUAUCAGAAUUACUAAAUCAAUUUUGUGUAUUUCAACUGUUUGUCCGUAAAGAAACCUGUCUUUUACUUUCAUAAUGCAUAAUAAAUGUUAUUUUCUUCUCA